AUGAGAACACAAGAAACGGCCUUGGCCCGUUUCUAUGGCCUUCCCAAUCUUCACAGGGAGGGCACUCCUGAUCGACCCAUCGUAUCACUGAACGGCAUUCCAACGUACGAUCUGGCAGUCGAGGCCGUCAAACUACUAAGAAGCAAAUACGAUGAGACUGAAAAUAGCCUUGGACAUGCCCAACUUCCGCUGCUCUCAAAAUUCUGUCUCAGGACGUACUUCGCCUUUGACGGAACAAUCUACGAGCAGGUAGAGACACCAAUGGGUUCACUGAUUUCGGGACUCAUAGGCGAGGCGGUCCUACAACGGCAGGAUUCGCUCGUUAUCCAACAUCACAGACCGACAUUCUGA